CUCACUCUCAUCUCAUACGAUUGCCGUCGCUGUCGCGUUGCGCUUUCUUCGUUUUUUUCGGCUGCGCAAACUUAUAUUUUGUCGUUGUAAUAUUUUGCAUAAAUAUAUAAAUUAAACCGCGUGACGAAACAACAAACAAAUAGCGAAGCAAACAAAGAAGAGGGCGAACCAAAUCGAAACGAAAUCGAAUAACUUUCAAGUGCAAAAAGCGUGUGCCAGUGUGUGUUUUGUGUUUGUGCGACUGUGAGUGGCGUUUGUGCGUGUGUGUGUGUGUUUGUGUGCUAAAAAACAGAACGUGCAACAAGAAGCAAGAAGAAGAAGAGGAAGACUACGAAGAAGAAGAAGAAGCAGCAGCAACAGCAGCUGACAGGCCAACAAUAAAAUAGAAAAAAUUCCAAUAAUCACGAGUCAAUUUGAUAGUGCUACUAACCAAGAAGUAGAAAGAGUUUAAGAAAAGCAUUUUCGCCAUGCAUCCACGAUACAGCCCGGCCCCGCCCCCUCAGCAGCAGCAACAGAUGGGCGGCCCGCCCCACCAGCAGCAAGGCGGCGGGAUGGGUGGGGGCGGUAACAUGAGGGGACCCUCGAACGCCCAGCAAUUGCCGCCGCAGAUUCCGAGAUCCCAGAACUAUUCAAAUGGGAGCUCGUCUAGCGCCGCCGCCGCACCGCCAACACCGCGCAGCGCCUUCCCCGGCGCCCCGCUCACCGCCUCAGCCGUCGCACUCAAGGGCGCCCUCCCCCAGCGGCCACCGGCCAUGACAAGUCCCGCAGCCGCUGCCGCUGGCGCCGCUCUGGCCGCCGGCGCUCCGUACCGCGGCGCCGCCAGCUGGACCCCGCAGGGUUAUGCCCCGGCCGCUGCCGCAGCCGCCGCCGCUGUUGCCCAGCAGGCAGCCUAUCGCUACACGGCGCCGCUGCCCCAGCCGGCAUAUGCCGCCUACACGCCGCACACGGCCACCACACCGGCCACAACCACGGUAAGUUUUCUAAACCAACCUGUGGACUAUUAUUGGUACGGUCAGCGAGUGCCGACGGCAGCCUCACCGAGCAACACCAACUCGAGCAGCUCCUCGAACACCGGCUCCCAGAGCGGCACGCUGAGCACCAGCCUGAGCAACACGACGAACACCAACACGAACAUGGGUCCCAACGGCACGGUACAGAAUCAAAACCAACAGGGCGGCGAGCAGUUGUCCAAGACAAAUCUCUACAUUCGCGGACUGCAGCAGGGCACAACCGACAAGGAUCUAGUUAAUAUGUGUGCACAAUACGGAACAAUUAUAUCAACCAAGGCUAUUUUAGAUAAAACAACAAACAAAUGUAAAGGUUACGGCUUCGUCGACUUCGAGCAGCCAGCCUUCGCCGAGUGCGCCGUAAAAGGAUUGCAGGGGAAGGGCGUGCAAGCUCAGAUGGCCAAAGUGGGUAUCUGGGUGCUUCAUAGGCCGGCCAUUCAACAGGAACAGGAUCCCACAAAUUUGUAUAUUGCAAAUUUGCCGCCCCACUUCAAAGAAACUGAUCUGGAGGCAAUGCUAUCGAAAUACGGACAAGUUGUUUCGACCAGAAUAUUGCGUGAUCAGCAGAUGAACUCCAAGGGCGUUGGCUUUGCCCGCAUGGAGAGUCGCGAGAAGUGCGAGCAAAUCAUUCAGAUGUUCAAUGGUAACACAAUACCGGGUGCCAAAGAUCCCCUGCUGGUGAAGUUCGCCGAUGGCGGACCCAAAAAGAAGAAUCUCUUCAAGACUCCCGAUCCGAAUGCGCGUGCGUGGCGCGACGUCUCCGCGGAGGGGAUUCCCGUGGCCUACGAUCCCUCGAUGCAGCAGAAUGGCGUUAGCGUGAACGUGGGCACGCCCAUCGGAGUGCCCUACUCCCGAUUCAGCGCCCCCCAGGUGGGUGGCUAUCCAGUGGCCGGCUCCCAGUGGAUACCCGGUUACAUGAUGACCCAGCCGAUCACUCAGGUAGAUGAUCAGUACAUGCAGAUGGCAGCCGCCCCACAGCUGGGUGUGACCUCAUACAAACCGGAGGCUGUGAACCAGGUGCAGCCCCGUGGCAUCUCGAUGAUGGUUAGCGGCGAUACGGGCGUGCCAUAUGGAACGAUGAUGCCCCAGUUGGCCACCCUGCAGAUUGGCAACUCUAACUUUUCUCCAUCGUUACAGUAUAUUAGUCCAACUUAUCCAUAUUAUGCACCACCACCAACUAUUAUACCAACAAUGCCAAUGACAGAUUCCGAACAGGCUAGCACAGCUGCAUCACCCGACGAGGCAUACACACAGUAUCCACAUCAAGCCGCUCCCAAAUAGGUCUUCGCGAGCUAUAAUAUAUUAGUACCCCAUUUGAGUACUAUAUAAAUUAGACGAGAGUGAGAGCAUGCCAGGUGGAAGCGGAAAAGCCAAGGAGGAUGGAGAAUCAAGAGGAGAAACAUUAAAAGCAGCGGAUCGGAUAAAGGAGUCUACAACAACCACCACACGAACAAGAACUAGAAGAAACUACUGAAACAACAACAUCGGCAAAAGAAUCGGAAACACAGCAUGCAGUUCACGAAAAUAAAUCUAGAGAAAAGCCAUCCCCCCAAAAAAAAGAAGGGGGAAUCCCAGAAAGCUGAGGCAGAGAAAAAAAUAAUGUAUAAAAUAAGGAGGUUGGAUGUGAGGAUGAAGUUUAGGGGAUACAUGAAUACAAUGUAAGCGAUGCGUAGGGAAAAGCCGGUCUCCGAAGAGACGAGCGCAGAAGACGCGAGUAAAAAGUGAAGAAAAGCAAAGACUAAACUUAAAUAAUAGAGAAUAGUUAUACACUAAAUAAACAACCAGAGAUGCAACAGCAGAACGGCAACAAUUGCCAAACAACAGCGGCAAACGAGAGAAGAGCAGUCGAAAAUAUUUACAAAAAGAGAACUGCAGGAUGCGAGAAGAAAGCAAAGUCAAAGGAAACUCACUUGGGGGUCGUCAGAACUUGAGGAAAUCUGCUGAGCAAAAAGAAAAACCAUCGCAGAUUAGAGUUAAGUUAAUUUUGUUAAGCGCAAGAGGAAAAACAAUUGCAUGGGGGAAAACCGAUGGGAAGAGCGAUGUAAAAAUAGAAGAGAAGAAAUAAGAAUAAACUAUUUUGCUAAUUUUGAGCUAGCAAAACCUAAGCAGACAGAAAAUUUGUGAAGUGAAAGCAGAGAAAAACCGAAACAGAAAAACAAAAAUAAAUGUGUGUGCAAUGUAUGUUAAAGAACCGUAAAGAAAAAAACAGAGCAAAUAAAAACCGAAACAAAACCCAUUUCGAUGAAGAUGAUAUAAACAAUGCAUAACUCUUAAGUCAAAGUGCAGCGGCAACAAAGAAACCCCCAGAAGAACGAAGAAAGCGCAAGAAUGUGCGGAAGAAAGCGAAACUUUUUUACCUUAGCGGCAACGUUUUCUUUGUUGUGGCCUGCUAAAGAAGAUUUUUACGAUGAAACUCAGACUCUACCUUUGUUUUGUUCUGUUUGUCUAAUUUGUAAUAUUUAUUUUGUAUUUUUGUUGAAACGUGUUGAACAGCACAAAGAACGGAAGCAGAGGAAAGCGUAGAUAGCCACAAAAAAGAAUGGAGAUCUUUGGUUUGUUUUCUCCUUUUGUUGGUUUCUUGAACCAAACAUGCAAAUUGUAUAAAGCAAAGAUCCGAAAAAAAACAAAACAAAACCUAAAGAAAAGCAAAAAAGAAAUGUCUAAUUCCCCCUUUUUGACAUUCGUUUUGUGCUAUCCAAGCAGUCAAAAAGAAGAAAAAUAAAUUAAAACAAAUGAAAUGAGAAGAAAAAGCCUUUGAAGCGGGCAAAAACCUAGUAUUAAGUCUUAGCAAAACAAAAAUAAGAAAAUUGCAGUAAGCAAAAAACAGAUUUAGUAGUUCUAUAGAUCUAAAAGAAAGCAGAAGACGGGGAGAAUAAGCAAAAGCUUACGAAGACCGAGAGAAGAAGGGAAAAUCUUGUACUAGUUUUUAGCAUAUUUUUUGUGCUCAUCAGUCGAUUUAAUGAAUGAAUUUUUUGUAGCUGUCUACAGUUUUUUACGUUAACUGUUUUUUAGACAUAUUAAUGAAAAGAAAGUAAAACCAACAAAAACAACCUAGAUAUAGUAUAUUUUUUCUGCAGAUGACAAGUUGUUGAGCAGCAGAAAGCAGAGAAGACAGCGAGAAGAAUGGAGUUUGAUUAGCAUGGAAACCAAGAGGCAAACACUUUUUAAAAGGGAAUAGCGAAACAAACCGAGAGACGAACACACAAAAGUAGCAAAACACAGAAAAAGAAAAUAAAAUUUGAAACUGUAGAAUUGUAGUUUAGCUUUGUGAAGAAAGGCCGGCGAAGAAUGUAAUUUUUGAAGGAUCAGCAAGGAUCGAAAAGAACAACAAGAACAACAGCAGCAGCAGCAACAACUGGCACAGGCAGUAGCAGAAAUGUAUAACAAAAAACCAAGAAAAUUAAUGUUAAAUUUAAAAAUGAAAACAAAAUUAUGAAUUAAGACAGAAGAGAACUACGUUUAGUAACCCUAGUAAAUAAGCGAAGAUUUCUUUAGUCUUGUAAGCGUCUCUUAAGUAGAGUUGAAGAACGGAGGUCGGAGUUUAGAAUUGAAAUUUAACCUUUUUCAAAGCCUAGCAUAUUUAUUUUUCCGAGACACACACACACACACUGACACAAACAAACACACACACUGACACACAAACACCGACAAGGACACAACACCUAUCAAGCCUAAGCAUUGUAUUUGUGAUUUUUUCGAAUGUUAAUUGAUUAACGAAACACGAUGAGCAAAAUAAGAGAAACAAGGGAAACAUCAAGUGGGCGGCUGUGGGUGGGAGAAAGUUUGGCGAUGAGAAAAGAGAAAGAGAGAGAGACACGUUUUUGAGAAUCUCUGUUUUAAGCAAGGACACCCUCACACACCACAAACAACAUUCCUGAGCAAAGUCUUUGAUUUGAUUUUGAUAUAUAUAUGUAUGCGUUGAUACGAUGAUUUGAUUUUCGAGUUUAGAGUUGUCGAGUCGCCUAACUGAACUAUCUACAUAUAUAUACAUUAUAUAUAUAUAUAUAUAUAUACAUAUAUAAAAACGUAAGAAACACAACGCCAAAAGUCUUCCUAAGCCUAAAACCAAAACAACAACAAAAUGCAAAUAUUUUUUUUUUCAUUUUUGUCAUAUUACGAUUAUUUGCUUUAGACUGACUACGAACUGAAACUGUAACAAUAACAACAAAUGCAGGAUUGUAAACCCUAAAAAUGAAACGUUUAUACACCUAGACUCACCUCCUAAAGUUAAUAAUGCAGGCAUCGGAGAAAUAUUUAUAUUUUGCCAAGACAUUCCAAAAGCGAAAAAGCCAACAGAGCGAAAUUGUUUAAAGAGAAAAAUUCACGCGAGAUGCCUGCAUUUGUUGUCCUAUACAAGAAGAAUCACAAAUACAAGAACCACUCAUUGGGAGGAUAUUUUUGAAAGAUUUUCAAUCCUGUUUUCCUCGAUACAACUACUACUACAAAACACACGCCCACGCACACGCAUACACCUCCCCAAAAAAAAAACUCUCACACAAAGUGCAAUUUUCUUUCUGUAGUUUUCAUUGAUUUUACUUUGUUAGCAGCAAAAAAACCACUUAAGCAAAUUGAGAAAGCAUUAAACUCUAAGUUAUUUAUAAAUCAACGGAAGAAACGAGAAGAGCUGGGGGCGUGUCUUAUCGCCCCCUCCCUAGGAAAGUGAAAAUGAAAUUUAUGUUUUAGAGAACGGGAAUGAAAUGGAGUCGAGAAGGCGGGAGAAGAAACCUAGUAUGUAAGAUCAAAGCCUAGUGCGUAAGUCUAGAGAAUCUAAGUACAGUGUUGACAAGCAAAGAAGAACGCAGAUGCGGAAACGAGUAGCGUAGAGCGAGGCAAGAACAGUAGCAAGAAAGACGGAGACGAGUAGGACAUAUGAUUUCUAGUUGGUAGCGAAAGGAGAAAGAAUAGUUGGUUAGUUGGAGGCAACACACGUAGAAAGUUGUAGUUUUUGUGUAGUUAGAGCGACAGUGUUGGAAAACGCCGAGUCGCACAGUUUGAGGUUAGGUUUAAUUUUUGAAAAAUGAAAAACAGAAAUAAAAGAUAAAGAAUGAAAGGAUAAAAGCAAGGACGUUGGAGAGGGUAAACAAUAAAAUCAACCGACGAGGAGUGUUCUAAUCUAAAGCUAUACUGACUUUUUGUGUGUGUAUUUAAAUCUACUUUGACAAGAAACCAAACUUGGAACUCGUUUGUUUUGCGUCUGUAUUUUGUUUUAAUUUAAUGCGUUUUACUUUAGUUUUUUAACUAAUUUUAAGUAGUUAAUUUAUUAUUUGUCUUAAAAUCGCCGAGACCCUAACCAAGAUUCAAGAUUGCUUGGGUAUCUCGCCCCUGAUUGAAUGAGAACCUCUACCACGAGGAGCGAAUCGAUUAAAUUUGAUGCAAGUGUUGAAGUAAUUUUUAAAAUGCAAACAAAAAAAUGUCUAGUGCGUAAAAUUGAAAACUAAAAACAACAAAAAUUUCAAUAAAAACUUAAAAAAAAACAAAAAUAAAUAAAUACCUUUGGUUUUGAGUGCGUUUUUCUUCGUUUCGUUUUGCGUUAACCUUCGAUGUGAUUUCUUAGUAGUAAAAUGUUUGCGAUAUGAAUUACCAGUAAGCUUAUUCACCCCCACACCAAAUAGUUUCCAAUACGAACUCCUAAAUUAAUUGAACUCCCCCCAAUAAAUUGAAUUGUGUUUUAAACAGGAGGCAAACUUAGUCGUCUUAGUCGUUGUUUAGGGGCGGGCAGAGCAGAACGUGAGAGGCGAGCGGGAGAAAUAAAUAAACAUUUUUUAAUUAAGCCAAUUUAAGGAAAUGAUGAAUAUAUAUUUUUUUGAAAACUUUUUUGACGAAACCAAGAAUAUAAACAAAACAAACAAAAAACCGAAAAACAAAAUGAAAACACAUAAAAGUGAGAGAGCGCGGAGCCAGAGGAAAUGUACGCUAGCAAAUCGAUGGGACAGGCAGGAUGGUUGGGAAAAACAAGCUCAUUAUAUUUAAAAAAUAAAUAAGAAAGUUUCGAAUGGAGUGGUUGGAGGGAAAGUAGUAGCUGGGAGAAAGUGAGGGAAAGGAACAAAACACGACGACAAAGGCGUAAACUAACUUUAAGUAAACGUAAAAUGCAAGCAGCUAAUUAAACUUAGAAACAGAAAUACUUAAAUGAGAGUAAUGUACAUUUCGCUUGUUGCUAUUUUUAAGUUUUAAAUCAAAGUCUUUUAAAGAACUUUAUUCAUUUUCUUAUUAACAAUGAUAAAAACCAAAAACCACAAAAAAAUCAAGCCAAGCAAAUGCGCAAACUGGUAAAAUUAAAUCAGAAGAAACAAAAAACAACUACAUCUCUCUUUGUAAUCCUCCAGAAUUAAAAAAAAAAGAAACUGAAGGAAAUAUCGAUCGAAAGCAUGAGGAAUCCUUUUCAACUCUCUGUGUAUUUUUUAAAUGUAUUAUUUUUUGCAUCAAUGUGUGACGCUUUUAAGCAUUUUUAUAUGGCGAAAGAAUUGUAUUUAAAUCUCUAGUAAAAGCUAAAAAAGAACACGAAAACCAAAAACUCUAAAACUGACAAUUGACAAGAAAAAAUGCGAGAAAGCGAAAUCUUUGCUACAACUUUCAAAUUUAUACGCGUACUUUUUGUGCCCUCAACUUUAAUGCAAAAGAUCGUUCAUGAAGGCAAACCGAAUUGGAGAUCAAGAGAUAAUAGUUAAAAAACCAAAAAAUAAAAAUGAAGAAAAACGUUUAAAAAUGAGAAAUUAGUUUAAGCAAAACAUUUUGCAGCUUUUGUGCUUAUUUCGCUUAAGACUAGUUGAACAAGAAAAAUAAAAAAAAAACCAAAAAAAAAAAACAGAAAGUAAAUGAAGAAAAAAAUUAAAUCUAGUUUUAAGUAAAAAAGAAAUGAGAAUAGAUCAGUAUAGAACAGAACCGAAAGCGGGAGAAUCAAGCAAGAAGCUAAGCGAGGGCAGGUUGAAAAAUACCUGGCCCGAUUUAAAAGCGACAGAAGGCAUUAAACCGAACAUAGCAAAAGAUUUAAACUGUGGACGUGGAAAGCGUUGAAGAACACAAAAGUAAAAAAAACAUGAAGAAAACGUAACGUCUCUUUGGUAAGAAAAAGGAAAACCUAAAGAGCAAAUGCUGUCAUCCAAAAACCCAAAAAAAAAA